AAAUACAACUCUGCGCACGCUCAAAUCAACACUGUGUUGCCUCCAUCCAUUUUGUUUUAGUGAAAAAAGAUUCUCAAAAGUAACAGACGCGCAUUAACAAAAUUGACAUUGCAGUAUAAAUAGUGACACUUUUAGCAUAUUCCACAACUUAACUAAAUUCCCAGAGUGCAACGCAAUGGCACAAAACAUCAGCCCUGAACAGAGUGGUGCUGGUGGCAGUAGCAAACACAACGAUGACUCGCUGCCUAUCAAAGACAAUCACGCUGUGAGCAAAAGACUGCACAAAGAACUCAUGAACCUAAUGAUGGCCAACGAGAAGGGAAUUUCGGCAUUUCCAGACGGCGAAAACAUCUUUAAAUGGGUCGGCACCAUUGCUGGCCCAAUAAACACUGUGUACUCGAGCCAGACAUAUCGGUUGUCGCUCGACUUUCCAAAUUCCUAUCCGUAUGCCGCGCCUGUGGUUAAAUUCUUGACACCAUGCUUUCAUCCCAACGUCGAUCUGCAGGGUGCCAUCUGUCUAGAUAUACUCAAAGACAAGUGGUCAGCGCUGUACGAUGUGCGCACCAUAUUGUUGUCCAUACAAUCGCUCCUCGGCGAACCAAACAAUGAAAGUCCACUAAAUGCGCAGGCCGCGAUGAUGUGGAAUGAUCAAAAUGAGUACAAAAAAUACCUAGAUGCCUUCUAUGAGAAGCACAAGGAUACCUAAACACCAAAAAAAAAAAAAACAACAACUGGCGGCGGCUCCAAAACUCAUUCUAUGCUCAUAUUGCGGCGUAUUUAUUAUCAUUUGUAUGCGUGGUGCAAGCAACACCUACACCCC